AUGGUCUCCAUAAUAGCAUUAUUGCUUCGAGAAUCGCCUCUAUUUUCACCUGUUUUGUUUGCGCAAAGAAAAAAGAGCUUGUUCACGCUGACAAUGGAGGCUCAAGUAGAAAAUGCCAUCCAGAUCGCUUCAGAUCCAACUUCGAGUCAACAACUGCGCGGCCAGGCUAUCGAAUACUUGAAUCAAUUGCGCGCAGAAGGCUCCGCAUGGCAAGCUGCCCUCUCUCUCUUCACCCGCGAUCCUCGGCCGUCCGACUUCGUACGCCAUACGUCACUCGAUCUUGUAAACAAUGCCAUAACAGAACACAGACUGGACGAGCAGAGCACUGCAUACGUCAAAGAUACGCUCAUGACCCACAUACGGCAAUCAUACACACCAGGUAGUGGCGCUGCAGAUACAAGCCAUAUUCAAAACAAGUUGAUGCAGACCAUCACAUAUCUUUUUACCGCGUUAUACCCAUCUUCAUGGCAGUCAUUCUUCGACGACUUCCGCGCCCUAGCUGGCGACCAGACUACCAUCGGCAACGUCAACACCGCGACGACCUUUUUGUACAUGCGCAUGCUUGGACAAGUACAUGACGAGAUCGCCGAUCAACUAGUCGCACGACAGGAAGACGAGAAGAAGCGGAACACGGAGUUGAAAGAUUUGAUCCGGCAGCGAGAUGCGCAAAAGAUAUCCACCUCAUGGCAAGAAAUCCUUGCAAAAUGGAGGGAGACUGAUUUGGGCCUCGUGGAAAUGUGUCUAAGGACGAUUGGCCGCUGGGUCAGUUGGACCGACAUCAACCUGAUUGUGAAUCAGUCCAUGAUCACGACAUUCCUUGAAAUGGCUGGCCAGCAGGGCAUCGCCGACCCAGAAAGCCCCGCGGGCAGAGUGCGCGAUGCGGCCAUUGACACUUUCUCUGAAAUAGUGGGCAAGAAAAUGAGUCCGACAGACAAGAUAGAUCUCAUUACUUUCCUGAACCUCACAGAAGUUGUCGGACAGCUCAUCAGCAGCCCGGCGUUAGCCGAUUUCAGCAGCUCAAACUAUGACAAUGACCUAGCAGAGACCGUUGCGAAGCUUGUCAACAAUAUCGUCUUCGAUAUCGUCAAAAUCUUGGAGAAUGAAUCGGUCGAUGAGCAGACGCGACUGCGUGCUGAUGACCUGAUUCGGAUCUUUACGCCUUAUCUUCUGCGCUUCUUCGCGGACCAGUACGAUGAAGUUUGCUCCACCGUAAUUCCAUCUUUGACCGAUCUUUUGACUUUCCUUCGAAAGUUGCAGAAGAAAUCUGGUAGUGUGCCACCCCAAUACGCUGCUGUUUUGCCACCUGUUCUGGAUGCCAUCAUCGCAAAAAUGAAAUAUGACGAUACUGCCUCAUGGGGAGAGGAAGGCGAACAGACAGAUGAGGCAGAGUUUCAGGAUCUACGUAGACGACUUCACGUUCUCCAGCAGACUGUGACAACCAUCGACGAGUCGUACUACAUUGAAACCCUUAGUCGACUGGUCAAUGGCACAUUCGCCCGUCUAUCUCAAGGCGACCAAACGUUAAAUUGGCGUGACCUUGAGCUAGCUCUCUACGAAAUGUACCUAUUUGGAGAAUUGGCGAUCCGAAACCAAGGAUUGUUCGCGAAGCGCGAGCCUUCGUCUGUUGCUGCUCAGGAACUUGUGGCUAUGAUGAACAGCAUGAUAGAUUCAGGCCUUGCCAAUUACCCACAUCCUGCAGUUCAACUCCAGUACAUGGAAAUCUGCGUUCGAUACUAUCAGUUCUUCGAACAGAAUCCUCAGCUUAUCCCCAAAGUUCUCGAAAAUUUUGUCCAGCUGACCCACAACAACCAUGUCAAGGUCCGCUCACGAUCUUGGUACCUAUUCCAACGUCUCGUGAAACACCUCAGAGCUCAACUUGGCAACGUCUCGUACGACAUCAUCCAGGCCGUCGGCGACUUACUCACGAUCAAAGCUGAGCUUCCAGAUACUUCGGAAGACGACAUGUCUUCAGACGAGGAGGACCAGUCAGCUGAUGCGCUCUUCAACUCGCAGCUCUAUCUAUUCGAGGCUGUCGGAUGUAUUGCUUCCUCCAGCACAGUUUCGGUAGAGAACAAGAAGCUUUAUGCGCAGACCAUCAUGAGUCCUCUGUUCACCGACAUACAACAGACUUUGCCUCAGGCGAGGAAUGGGGACGAGCGAGCCAUCCUUCAGAUCCAUCAUAUCAUCAUGGCAUUAGGAACACUUGCACGUGGCUAUUCAGACUGGGUUCCAUCGAACAACAACAGCGCUGUUCCUCACAGCGAGGUCGCCGAAGAAUUCAUCAAAGCUUCCGAAGCCAUAUUGGUCGCACUUGAGUCGUUGAACUCCUCCAGCUCAAUCCGCCACGCAGCUCGCUUCGCCUUCUCGCGAAUGAUUGCCGUAUUAGGCUCGCGAUUAUUACAGCAGCUGCCGUCCUGGAUCGAGGGCCUGCUAUCACUCAGCUCCUCGAUGGAUGAGAUAAGCACUUUCCUCAAGGUUCUGGGUCAGGUCAUAUUCACGUUCAAGGCGGAAAUUGCUGGUAUUCUGGAUACAGUCAUGACCCCUGUUCUUCAACGCAUUUUCACUGCACUAGCAGUGGAACCCUCAGGCACAGAUGACGAGAUCCAGCUUGCUGAGCUCCGACGAGAGUACUUGAACUUCAUCGUCGUUGUUCUGAACCACGGUCUUGGAUCUGUGCUUGUCAGCAAUGCCAACCAAAGUACCUUUGAGCCCGUCAUCUCAUCUAUUGAGACUUUUGCCCGCGACACCCACGAUUACCCAACUGCCCGCCUAGCCAUCUUCGUUCUCAUUCGAAUGAUAUCGGUCUGGAGCGGACCUGACAAGGUCGGACCCGGAGCGAACAGUACACCUACAUCUCCCAUCACCUCACAAGCACCACUGCCAGGAUUCGACAACUACAUCGUCGAUCGCUUCUCCCCUCUCGUCUGGUCGAUUCCGGCCUCUGCCGGCUUCAACUCCAAGGAUGCGCAAGCCAAGCAGGUGCUGUACGAAACUGCCAAUCUCCAACUCGAAAUCAUCAAGAAGAUUGGUGAAUCAUUCGUAGAGCGCCUCAAGAAUGAUCUUAGUGGUAUGGGACUUGGUGACGAUGGCCAGGAGCAGUACCUGCGUACGCUGGCGGCAGCGCUAGAGGGAUCAAAGAAGGAGAAGGAGUGGCGAAACUUCUUUUGCCAGUUUGUUGAUCGUAUGUUGGCUGGUAGAGCCUAG